UAUAUAAGCACAUUCUUCCAACAAAACAACGCCAGACCUCUAAACUUUGCAUACACUCAAAUUAGGAGUUGAGAAUGAGUUCCUCAAACUUUGAAUCCCCUUACGAGUACUCUUGUUCUUCUUCAUCCUCGCGUCAUAAUCAGUAUUCCCUUCCUUUCAACCACAAUGACUCGCAAGAAAUGCUCCUUUACCAAGUGCUGACACAGGCUGGUGCAACUUCCUCGGUGUCUCAUGGUUCAGGUAGUGUUGUGGAAGCAGAGGUUUCGGUUUCGUACAGAGGGGUUCGAAGGAGGCCCUGGGGGAAGUUUGCGGCGGAGAUAAGGGACUCUACGAGGAACGGAGUGAGGGUUUGGUUGGGAACCUUCGACACUGCCGAGGCUGCUGCGUUGGCUUACGACCAGGCCGCGCUGGUCAUGAGAGGGUCCAUGGCAGUGUUGAACUUCCCAGCUGAGAUUGUUCGCCAAUCGCUUCGGAACAUGGAGCAGUACGGUAGUUUCCAAGAAGGCUCUUCUCCAGUUCUGGAGUUGAAGAAGAGGCACUCCAUGAAGAGAAAAUCAGAGACCAAGAAGCACCAACUCCACGAUGUGAUGGUGUUGGAGGACUUAGGGGCAGAGUAUUUGGAACACCUUCUUACUCUCUCCCAGGAUAUGGAUAUGGAUGCUUGUUAGUUAAGUUACAUUUACCUCCUUCGUCAAACCUUGCCUUUCCCAUCCCCACCACUUUCUUUUCUCUCUCUAUCAAUGUUUAAUCUUAGACUCUAUGCUCCACUCUUCAACUCAAUAUCAUGUAAGAAAAUAAAAAUUUCCCCACAUCUAUCCAUCAACUGAUUUAUAAUAUUCAUAUGUUAUAUUCUACGACACUUUCUCAUAACUCAUUUAUAUUUCCUUUAUCAUAUUAUUAAUUCUUUUCUUUUUUUUCCUUCUUAUUUUUGUCUUUAUUGUAAAAAAAAAGUAUCGUAAAAACGAAAAUUUAUUUA